GCCCACUAAUGUCGUUUCUAUCGAGCAACGCCGAGAAAGGAAAGCACGAAACUCGAAAGGGACCAAAUCGGAAAGAGGAAAAUGGGAGAGGGGAAGGAGAGUGUGCCACAGGAGCACGAUGUGAAUGCGAAGUGGGACGCAUGUAUCGAUCUCACGACCCGCCGUUUCGUCUACUCCUCACUCGGCGGCGCCUUCGCCGGUCUUCUCUUCUUCAGGAGUCCUGUAACAAGAUGGGCAUCGAUUGCUUUUGGUGCUGGACUUGGUAUUGGUUCUGCAUACACUGACUGCUCUCGUGCUUUUGAUGCUCCGCCUUCAUUCACAGAGACUUCUUCUGUAUCUCAGACUGUAUCUCAGUCUGCAGACGAAUAGACAAACGAUGAAAGUAAGUGAAUCCAUGCGGAAACAGAGCCAUCACAACAAUGAUUUGUUGAAUUGUUUCCCAAAACCUGUAAGGACAAGUCUUUUGAGAUUAACGCUGAAUGUAAAAUCUUGUUUUUCUUCUGUUAAAUCCUUUUGAACAGCUGACUUCAGUCACGCAUUCUAGUUCCAAAAAUAAACAACCUCAGAAGAAGGUAUACUUGAA